AUGGAGAAAAGGCUUUCAUUAGACCUGACCGAGCCCCAUUUUCUCUCCGCAGCCAUUUUCUGCCAGCCCAACAGCCACUACGAGACCUGCGCCAACGCCUGCCCCGCCACCUGCCUGCUGCCAACGGCUCCGGCCAGCUGCAGCCUGCCCUGUGCGGAAGCCUGUGUCUGUGACAGCGGCUUCCUCCUCUACAGCGGCACCUGUGUGCCCAGCCACCAGUGCGGGUGCUGGCACCAGGGCAAGCACUACCCUGUGGGCUCCGACUUCUGGACCGACGACACCUGCUCUUCCAAAUGCACGUGCCGCACUCCAGGCGGCCAGCUGAAGUGCUCCGACGCUUCCUGCCCGAACGAUCAGUACUGCGGGGUCCAGAACGGGGUCCCAGACUGCUACACUCACACCUACGGGCUCUGCCGCGUCCAUAACGACCCCCACUACAACACCUUUGACAAAGAGACGCACCACUUCAUGGGCAGCUGCACCUACACUCUGGCCAGGCUGUGUGGCAACGGCACGGGGCUGCCCUCCUUCAACAUCGAGGCCAAAAACGAGCACCGCGGGAACCCGUCCGUGUCCUACGUCCAACGGGUGCUGGUGGAGGUUUACGGGCAGCGGAUUGAGAUUCUGAAAAACCACCCGAGCCAGGUGCUGGUGAACAAAGUGUGGAGAACCCUGCCCGUGCGGGAGCGGAACGGCUCUGUGACCGUGGGCAGGAGCGGCCGAUACGUGACCCUGGAGACGGAUUUCCGGCUGACGGUCUCCUACGACACCGACGCCUCGGUGGAGAUCAGGGUGCCCACCGCCUAUUUCAACAGGACCUGUGGCAUGUGCGGCAACUUCAACGGCCUCCGUCAGGAUGACAGCAUGAUGCCCAACGGAGAGCAGGCCAAGAGCACCACUCAGCUGGGAAACAGCUGGCAAGUUCCAGGCGCGGAGUACGACCCCCCCUUUUGCGGUGUUCCCGUGCCGCCCCCGACCCCGACCCCGCCCUGCCUCCCACAGCAGGAGGCUCUUUACAGGACAGAUGCCUUCUGCGGGCUACUGACGAGCAGCCAGGGGCCUUUCGCCGUCUGCCUGUCCGUGAUCAACCCCGAGAGCUUCUUCGAGAGCUGCGUCUUUGACCUGUGCGCCCUGCAGGGGAGCCAGCCGGCCUUGUGCAAAGCACUGGAGGCCUACGCUGACGCUUGCCAGAGAGCUGGCGUGGACCUGCCCAGCUGGAGGAAUGCCACCUUCUGCGGUGAGUAG